GUGUUAUAUAACGAAAUUUUGUGUGGAAGGCGUUGUGUUUGUAAAAAGAUCUAAAAUUAUAUUCGAGAAAUAGUGAUGGUGCUUGAAAAAACAAUGAAGAGAUCAAAAGACUUGAAAAUUGCGGUGACGUGUAGUAGUAACCAAAACCGAAGUAUGGAAGCUCACGGUGUUUUGAGCAAACGAGGUUUUAAUGUACGUUCUUAUGGUUCUGGAUCAUAUGUGAAGUUACCUGGACCUACUGCUGAUAAACCAAACAUAUAUCAUUUUAAUACACCUUAUGAUCAAAUGUAUCAAGAUCUUGCUCGUAAAGAUCCUAUACUGUAUAAGCAAAAUGGCAUUCUUCAUAUGUUGGAUCGCAACAGAAGAAUAAAAAGAUCUCCCGAACGCUUCCAGGAUGAUAAAAGUUCGGAGUUUGAUAUUAUAAUUACUGCUGAAGAGAAAGUUUACGAUCAGGUUCUGGAAGAGUUCAAUAGGCGAGAGCCUCAAUCAUACAGACCUGUACAUAUAAUAAAUAUUGAAAUAGCCGAUAAUCAUGAAGAAGCAACUUUAGGCGCAUUUCAAAUUUGUGAGCUUUGUGAAAAGCUCGAAAAACCAGACGACUUGGAUGAUGACAUUGCAGAAAUAUUGGAAGAAUGCGAACGAAAAUUUAAGCGGAACAUUUUACACACUGUUGCGUUCUACUAGUAUUAUAAAUACAACUUUGAAUCGUGGAAUUGGUUUCAUGGUUUAAUCGGCUAAAAAAUAAAAAUUUCGUGCCAAGCACACCUGCAUGACUUAAGUUUUUCAAACAAAAAAUUUAUGUCUAUUAGAUUUAGCGCUUUGUAUCCGACCUGUAAAUAUUGUUUUGCAAAUUUGUAAAUAUUUUUAUACUUAGAAAAAAUUAAAUUUAUUUA